ACACAACACAACUUCUCUCUCUACUAGUUUCUUUUUUUCUUUUUUGUCUCUUCUUCUUGUUGUCUUCUCCUUAAUAAAUUUGCAUUUUUUAUCGAAAAAAUAUCCCCUGAGGCUUCAUUUUCUAAGCAUAUAUGCAUUGGUUUUAGUCACCAACAAGACUUGUUUCAACACCUCUUUGUGACCACACCAAAUUUCACUUCUUUCUAAGUGUGUGUACAUAGAUUUCCUUUUUCUGUGCAAAACAGGAUUCAUCACCACCAUGUUGCAGGAUGUUAUCCAACCCCCAACACCAGAUGAGCAACAACUCCCCAUUGAUGAGAUUUCAAGCCCAAUCAGUGCUCGAUAUUUCGAACUUUGUGACCCUGAUUUUUUCCAAGACACACUGCAAAAUUCUGAGGUUACCUCCAGCUCAAAUUGUUGCCAUGAAGACAAGUCCUCAUAUGCCACAACCAUAUCUCCACCUUUAGAUGCAGUAGACAACAAGAUCAAUAUCAAUAUCAAUAGCAACAUAGUCACCACCUCAUCUAGUACUACCACAGCCAGCACCACUACCAACAACAACAACCUCAACAACAACAACAACACAACAAACAGCAAUAACCUGUCUCUCUUCUUUGACUCUCCAGAUGAUCCUGACAAUGACAUAUCAGCCUCCAUAAACUUCUCACCAUCUCCUUCUUUUGUUGUUCCACCACUUCUCCCAAUCACAACUCAGCAGGAUCACUUUGAUUUCUCUUCAGCUCAGCAACUAUCUGCAUCAGGUUCAGUUUUGAAGGGCCUCUCUCAGUACCCUACUGAUCCUGUGGUUGCACCCCUUAUUGGGGCUCCAUUAGCCUCAGUUUUUGAUGAUGAUUGCAUCUCUUCCAUCCCUUCUUAUAUGCCUCUCAACCCUUCAUCUCCCUCUUGCUCUUAUCUCAGUCCUGGCAUAGCAGCCUACAUGCCUCCUCCUGGUUCCCUUACCACUGCGUUAUCUGCUGACAGUUCUGGAUUGUUUGGUGGGAACAUUCUACUUGGGUCUGAACUGCAGGCACAAGAAUUGGACUACCAGGGAGAAAAUGGUGGAAUAUAUUGUACAGAUUCAAUUCAGAGGGUGUUUAACCCCCCAGAACUUCAGGCACUUGGUAAUGAGAGUCAGAAACUGGUAUCUGCUGGGGGCUCUGGCACUUUGGCACCAGAAAUUUCACACUUGGAGGACUCUACCUUGAAGGUUGGAAAACUUUCUGUCGAGCAGAGGAAGGAAAAGAUUCAUAGAUACAUGAAGAAGAGAAAUGAAAGAAACUUCAGCAAGAAAAUCAAGUAUGCUUGCCGCAAAACUUUGGCAGAUAGCAGGCCACGGGUCAGAGGAAGGUUUGCAAAGAAUGAUGACUUUGGAGACAGCCAUAGACAAGGAAGUAGCAACCAUGAAGAAGAUGAUGAAGAGAUAAUUGUGAAAGAAGAUGAUGAUUUGGUCGAUUCCUCAGAUAUCUUUGCACAUAUCAGUGGGGUGAACUCUUUCAAAUGCAACUAUUCCAUUCAGUCCUUGAUUUGAAUUAACUGAUAUAGUUUGAAUAGUGAAAGCUUAUCUAUAUUUAGCUUCUGUAGAUUAAUUUCGGCAGGACUCUUUUCCAUCAUUUGAUGGUUUGAGGAAACUGAAUAAUUGGGUCCAAAUAAAUAUACCAAUAAAUGAAGUGACUUAGGAACAUACAGAGAUUAGAAACUGUACACAGUUUUGCAGAUAUUGUCUUUUUCAUCAAGUUGUAACAGAACAUCAAGUUGUAUUAAUCAACCAAGAAAAUCCAAGUUUCCCCUCCCCAA